GCAACAAGUCUCCCCGUGAGUUGCGACCAUCUACCCGCGCGUGCACGACCGCGGACCACUUUGCGCGGCGACAGGCGACAAGCAACGGCGAGGGGCACGGCACGCAACUAGCUAGCAACGCGGCGUCGAGUUUGACAACACACAUAUACCACGCACACGACGCGUCGGCGACGACGGACGACACAGCGACACAGCCGCCAAGCCAGUCAGUCAGCCAACAGCGCCUCCGCCCGCCCCGCCCACAUCGCCCACGCCGCCAGCGCCGCAAAUGUACCUGCCCAAGUCACCAAUCGUCCGCCCCUUCCUGACGUUUGCCGUGCUCUGCCUCGCGCUCUACUCGCUCCUCGCGCACUGGGAGCAGUUUGGCGGGCCGGGACCACACCUGCCGGGCGCGUCAGAGAAGCAGGUGAUUUUCCAGGCCUCGCACAACCACGACGACAUGCACGCCAAGCCGGGGACGGGGACGCAUGGCGGCGUCGUGCCGGGCGGUGACCACGGAUACCAUGGUGCGCCUCCGCCGCCGCCGAAGCCGAGCGAGAGCGCGUCGAAGCCAAAUAGCACGCUUGGGAAGCCGAUCAUGGCCUCGACGGGGUACGAGCGGCGCGUGGUCGCGCACUUCAUGCUCGGCAAUACGUACCCCUUUACCGAGAAGAACUGGGAGGACACGUUCGACCUCGCCGAGGCGCACGGGCUCGACGGGCUCGCGCUCAACCUCGGCCCGGAGGACUGGCAGCUGACGCAGGCGCGGGUCGCGUACGACCUUGCGUCGCGGCGGCACGACAGCCCCAAGGCGGGGCGCAAGCCGAUCGAGCUCUUCUUCUCGCUCGACAUGAACGUCCUCGCGCACCAGGAGUGGCACGACGCUACGUCGCUGGGCGACAAGAUUGCGCCGCUCCUCGCGUCCAAGGGCCAGAUGAUGCGCGGCGCCCAGCCCAUCCUGUCCACCUUUGGCGGGCACGACGCCUACUUUGGCGCCCGCGGCUGGAAGGGCUUCCUCGUGCACCUCUCCAACCAGCUGCGGCGAUACCGCGUAGAGCACGCCUUCUUCUGGCCGUCCUUCUUCAUGCCCCCGCAAAAGUUUAUCGACCUGCCAUUUGUCGAGGGGACGUUUGCGUGGAACAAUGCCUGGCCAAAGCACUCGCGCUUAACGCUCAAGGAGGACAACCCCUUCAUGGGCAAGGACAAGCCGUACAUGGCCGCCAUCUCGCCGCUCUUCUUCACGCACUACGGCAAGACGGGCGAGUGGGCGUUCGACAAGAACUUUAUCUAUCCGUCAGACAACAUGCUCUACCCGUCCCGCUGGGCCGAGUUCAUGGCGCUCAACGAGGGCGACGGCCCAGAAAUGGUCCAGAUCAUCUCGUGGAACGACUAUGGCGAGUCGCACGCCAUCGCGCCCAGCAUUGGCGCCCAGCCGGGCUCCGAGGCGUGGACGAACCGCAUGGACCAUGUCGCCUUCCUCGAGAUGACAAAGUACUUUGCGGACAGGUGGCGCAACGGCGCGCCAGAGGUCGGCGACGAGAUUGUCUUUUGGAUGUGGUACCGCACGCACCCGAAGGAUCUGGUUAUCGCGGACGACCCGAUCGGUCGGCCAGACAAUGCUGAUAUGGCCAUGGACCUGCUCAACUUUGUCGCCCUCAUCCCAGAGGGCAUGGACCGCCCAAUGCUCAUGCUCAGCAUUGGCAAGGAAAAGCACCCAGUCCAGCUCGUCCCUGGCCGCUUUACCGCGUUACGCUUCCCGUUCACCACCGGCCCGGUGCACUUCAAGAUCGAGUCGGCCAAGGGCCUGCAUCUCCGCGGCGCAGGCCACCACAUUGAAGACGCAACCUACCUCAAGGCGUACAACUUCAACAUGUGGUCGGGUGCGUGGCACGCAAAGGUGUGAGCGGUGUGGUAGAUUGGGAGUCGCACGUGCCAUAGAUGUUCCAUAGAUAACGGCGGCGCGGCGUGACGUCGGUGGCCUGCGCACAGACGCGACGCACGCGCACGGACUUUUUGACUGUAGAUUAGUAGCAGCAGUAGAGCAUAAGCAUGUGUCAUACAG